AUGUCAUUGGUAAAAUGUACUCGAUCAGGUUGCGGAAAGGAAUUCGAUUCAAAUCAAAAUCAAACUUCAGAUUGUACUUUUCAUCCCGGAAAUCCAGUGUUUCACGAAGGAAUGAAAAGUUGGUCAUGUUGCAAAACAGUCAACAAACCAGUACUAGAAUUCGAUCAAUUUAUCAAAAUCAAAGGAUGUACAACCGGGACCCAUUCGACUGAAAAACCAACCCAACCUGCACCAAUCAAAGCAAGCUCUCAAACCGGUUCCCAACAACUAAAUCCAAUCAAAUCAGAUUCAACUAAAGAAACCUAUACUACCAAACCACAUCAAACUACAACAGAUGUGUUUAAACCAUUGAAAAAAGAAGAAGAAAAACCAAAAGAGAAAAUAGAAGUCAAAGAACUAUUAGAUGAUCCUGAAUUGAUCGUGCCUGAAGGAUCUAAAUGUAAACGAUUAAGUUGUGGUCAAGAAUGGAAAGGAGGAUCUGGUUCAAAACGUGGAGAAUUAAAUCACGAUGAAUGUCUCUAUCAUCCUGGUACACCUAUCUUUCAUGAAGGAUCAAAAGGUUAUUCAUGUUGUAAAAAAAGGGUACUCGACUUUGAUGAGUUUUUAAAGCUUUCAGGAUGUAAAAAAUCAAGUCAUUUAUUUUUAAUUCAAGAAUCAAAACCAACAGAUCAAGAAGAAUCCGUAAAUUGUAGAUUUGAUUAUUAUCAAACUCCUACUUCUGUGAUUAUAAGUGUUUUUGGUAAAGGUGUGAUUAAAGAACAAAGUCAAGUGGUUUUUGAAAAUCAAGUGAUGAAAGUGAAUUUAAAGUUACCUGGAAACAAACGGUUCGAUAAAUCAUUCAACUUGUUUGGAAAAAUCAAUACGACUGAGUCAUCUUAUAAAUUCUUAUCAACUAAAUGUGAAGUCAUUUUAGUCAAGUUGGAUGGUAUAAGUUGGUCUAAUUUAGAACAAGGGGAGACUUUCUCUGGUACUGUGUAA